CGGUAUCCUGAUUGAUAUUAUUACAGUUGUUCCUCCGUCCUUCAAUCUUUUCACUACUGUUAUUGGCUCCAUUCAACGUGGGGUCUUUAUGAAGCUGAAUUCCGUUGCGUCAUCCAUGAUUUCCAAAGUAUCUUGAACCAUCAGUCAACCUGCCGCUCCACGCUCGUGGUUGUCCGCCGCCAUGGUGGCUGUUGGCCAACCUGGUUCGUGGUCACACUUGUCAAAGACCAAGGCAAAUAUUGGGCCAGAGAUACGCGGCCUCUGUCUAUGAGAGGGCAGCGUGGCCUUUCCCAUACCGAAUGUCUCGAUCCUUUGCGUCCAGGAACGAGCCGGACACAUCACCGGAAGAGGAGCAUAUAGAGGAGCAUGCACGCAUAGCACAGCAAUAUGGCGAGGAGGAGGUCACAAAUAAGCGCAUUCAUAUACUUGGAAUUGGAUCCAUAGGCAAACUGGUUGCGCAUACACUCCGCGGUCUACCCUCUCCUCCCCCGAUCUCCUUGCUCCUACAUCGACGUGGUUUAAUCGAAAGUUGGAAGGCGCAAGGAGAAGCCAUCAACGUAACCACGCGAGGUACCACCGAAUCACGGCGUGGUUUCGAUAUUGAGCUGGCGGUACCGCCUGUGGUAAGCCACGGACAGGUGGUUGCGCACCAAGAUGAAGAGAGCGACUCCGAAUGGAUCGACAACCUGGUGCUGACGGUCAAGGCGAACAGCACCUUUUCCGCUUUGAUGUCGGUCAAGCAUCGUUUGAGAAGAGAAUCUACCAUUCUGUUUCUUCAAAACGGUAUGGGCAUUGUUGAAGAAGUGAAGGAACGCGUGUUCCCUGACCCUGAAUCUCGACCUCAUUUCGUCCUCGGAAUCACGUCCCAUGGCGUUCGCGCUGAAGGCGAUUGGACUGUUACGCAUGCCGGUUACGGAACUACGGUGCUCGGCCUGGUCAAGCGCGAUGACGGCGAUCGGUCAUACCCACCGACUGCCAAAUAUCUCAUUCGAACCUUUCUUCGGGCCCCGGUACUCGCAGCGGUCGCUUCAAGUCCCACCGAGCUCCUGCAAAUCCAACUCGAGAAACUCGUCGUUAACUCGGUAAUCAACCCGAUGACGGCCUUAUUGGACUGUCGGAACGGUGCUUUGAAGCAUAACUUUGAUGUCACUCGGGCAAUGCGGCUCUUGAUCGCUGAAGCGUGCGUGGUCAUUCGUGCUUUACCGGAACUUCAAGGUAUUCCCGACAUUGCCUCACGGUUUUCCGCCGAACGAUUGGAGACUAUGGUUGUGGCAGUUGCCGAUCGGACGAAAGAGAACAUGAGCUCGAUGUUGGUCGAUGUCAGGGCAGGCAGAAAUCCGGAGACUCCCUAUAUUAACGGGUAUCUUGUCAAAAGAGGUGAGGAACUGGGGAUCCAAUGUGUCAUCCAGUAUUUCGUCAAGGCUCUUGUGGAGGCGAAACAGAAUAUGAUCCUCCAAGAGAUCAAUCAAGGGAUCCCCUUGGUAGGCUGAGAUGUUCAAGAGGGUCUGUAUGGGCUGUACUGGCUCGAUGCGAAGAGGAUUUUCCGUAGAAUUGGGAUCAUGACAUAAAUUAAUUACUUGUAACUAGCUCAUACGGUACUAUGACAGUGCAACAGUGCU